GAUGAUGAAAAAAGCUAACCAUUUACCUAGUUCCGGAACACUUUAUCUUGUAUUUAUUUGAUUAAAAUUAGCACAAGUUAUUUAAUUGUAUACACGGAAAGAGGUUCAGUGCAUUUAUUGCUUGCUGCUCGUUGAUGUCAUCCAGUCAUUUCAACUUCAAAUUAGCAUAUUAGCAUUUAUAAGUGUAACAUCAACAAGCAGUAGUCAUGAAUACAUCAUCCUCUCUGGCUGCUAAUGACAUCACAACAAACACUACAGACAAGAAUGAACACUUUAUUCGUGCAUUUCAAUGUUUCUUCAGUCUAUUUUCCAAUCCUAAUUUAAAUGAUCACAGUAAAUUAAUGCAUGUUGCAAAGUACAUCAGCAGACCAGGGAGUAAAUCGUUUCUCCUACCGCAAAUGAUAGAUACACUAAGCGAAUAUAAAGUGCCUAGCACUACUUCUAAUAGUAAUAAUAAUAAUAAUAUUCAUAUUGCUACGAAUAAUGCUAUUCAUAGAGAAAAUGUCAACACUAGCAGCCGAGCAAAUCAUAUAACUUACCAGUCAUCACUGUCUAUACCGUCAGAAUUGCACAAAACACUUCACUGUCCGUCUUCUACCGAUCUAAUCUCUAAUAUGAUGGGAAAGGCUAACUGGUCUCUUUCCUACAGGAUGGAGUAUGCAAAUUUCAAUGAAUCCUUAAAUGGAUCAGUGAAUUUCAAUGGUGACACUGAAGGGAAUGCACAUGAAAAUCCCUUAGAUUUGAGUAUGUCAUCCAAUUUGAAUAGUUCGCCGACAAAUCCUGUACACACAACUGUCAACAUGAAAUCUUACAGUAGUAAAGAACAGAUAACAGACAAAAAUCAAAGCCUACCAAUGUUUCACAUAAACUGUGAUUACACCAGUGUAGAUGGAUCUAACCUCACUGGUGCAAUACAUCUAUCAGACGGCUUUCCUACAAAACGAAGGCGGUCAUCAAAGCAUAAUACUAACAGGAGAAAUACAGCUGACAAAGGUAACAAUAAAAAUCAAUGUCCUGAGGCGGAUAUUAACAAUGAGGUUGAUCUCUUCAUGAAGUCAAAAACGCUGUCUAACAGACUGCAACAACUGUCAACAAUUUCAUCAACAUCAUCAUCCCUGUCGCCUGUCAGCCACCUAGAUUGUAGUCCACCAGGCAAACAACCAGUUACUCGAUGUAAUCACUGUCAUGUUUUAUUCCCAUCAUUGUAUGAACUGAAUAAUCAUUUCAUAACAGAGCACAAUGUUAUAUUACAAGCAGAAAUGGAGCACACGAAAUCCUGGAAAUCACAUACAAUAGAUGAUGCAUGUUUACAGAAUAUGAAAGUAAUACUGAAUCGUUCAAACAAUAUGCACACUUCGGGUUAUCCUUGUCCAAAUUGUGAUUAUGUGGCUAAAUGGCCAACGGAAUUACAGAAACACAUAAUGGUGCACUCGAAACAACGUCCACAUCGUUGUAUUAUAUGCGGAUUGUCGUACAAAUGGAAAUGGGAUUUAGGCAGACAUUUCGAUAAAAGUCAUAACAGAACAAUGAAUCCUUAUAAGAAAAAUGUAUUCAAUCAUUCACAGAAUCAAGAGAAUCGUUUGAAAAAUGCACAUAAAUGUAGUGCUCGACGAGUACAGAAAUCAUCAAUUCGUAAACAUUUGGGCGUGAAGCACAACAGUUAUACAGUUGUGGACGGUUACAUCCCGUUUCCAACAUCUCCUGUAGGUGUGAAUACAAAUCAGCUAGGUGAAUUUUGUAAUGCAGUUAAACAAGAUAUUGUUGCAAAUCCAGUAAAUCUGUCAGGCUAUACCCAUGUGCAAUCGAUUUAAAUAAUGAAAUAACUACUAUCAUUACCAACCAACCCACCUCCGCACCCUCCACCUUAAUUUUGACGCUGUAAUGCGAGAAUGCCUGCAGAAAACUCCAGAUUGUAUAAGCAACUGCAAAAAUCAACACAAUGUCUAGAGGAAAGCAGAAGCCCAACAGAGCGUGUAACUUGUUCCACUUACAGUCCAGCUGAAUAAUUUCGGCACUAUUAUAAAGUAAAAAAUAAAACAUUGUUUACCAACAUAUCACAUUUUAAAAACAAAAAUCUUAAAAAUGCUCAAUAAUAUUGAUAUUUGUAGACAGUAGACAUUCCUGUUUUUAUUUUAACUUAAAUAAUUAACUUCACCAGAAAUCGAUGUAAGUUGUUCACCUUAUUGCACUUUUGCAGUACCGAUCCAGUCAGUAUCACCUCUUAUUUCUUCUAAUGAGUCACUGAAUCAUUAGCAUUGUGUAUGCAGUAUCUGCAGUCUGCUUAGGACAGUAGUGAAUUCCCCGCAUUUUCAGUCUUCAAAUGUUCAGACUGAAAGCUGUAGUGAAUUUAGCAGCGAGCUCAGCAUUUGGAUUAUUACAUGUUAUUAACACACCUGACUUCAUCUCAUAACCCCUCAAGAGAAUUUCUUUGUCAACUGAACUACCUAUCCAGCUCCAGCCAGCAGUUAUCCAUCCUAUGAGCAAAUUUUCAAAUCUAAAAUUCUAUUCAAAUGAGAACACACUCUGUUACAUCUAAUAAAAAUUAUUUUGUUUUUGUUUUUUUGUUUUUAGUGAAAGACAGUAAUUUUUUUAGCCUUACAUAUAUAUAUUCUCAGAAUUAUUCCUGAUAGUAAUUGACUGUCUUUAACUUUUUGUAAUAUAUACUGUCAAAAAAUGUCCCAAAUCAUU